CUCUCAGACACACAUAGCGCCAACACUUGAGGUGCUGUGAGAGCAAACACAGAGAAAGAAGCAGAGAGAGCACAGUAAAUCAGAGACAGCGAGAGAAGGAGAAAGGCUUGACAAAUGCUCAUCCAGCUGGCUUAAGGUUGUCCUCACUUACUCUGCAAACAAGUGUCUGGGAAGAAUGGAUUUCAUUUUGGUCAGCAGACACCGAGCAGGAGCAGCAGCUCUGUAGAUUACUAUGGAUUAUUUCAGACACUGGUGCUGUUGUGAUGAAUGGGAAUGACAGCAUGCAGAAAGGAAGAUGAACUUUGAAUCUCUGGAAAGUUCGAUCCAGAACCUGCUGUCGGUGCUGUACCCGCCCUUUGAGGCCACCGCCCCCACUCUUCUCAGCCAGCUCUUCCACAUCAUUGAUAGUCGUUAUCACGGAGAUGCCCUGCGAUGCCUGCUGGACUUUCUGGUCCCAGCCAAGCACAUCUUAGACACCGUGCAGCAGGCUGCAUGUGCUCAGUACUCUGAUGUACUUUUCCUGUGUGAGGGCUGGCCUCUGUGUUUGCAUGACCAAGUUGUCGUCCACCUCGCUCCUAUCAACCCCCUGCUACUUCAACCUGGCGACUUUUAUCUCCAGGUGGCACCAUUCUGUGACCAAUCAGCUCGCAUCGUGGUCUGCAGCCUCCUGGAGGAGGAGGGGCUUUUAGUGGAAGUAGUGGAGGAGACCCCGAUCCCUGAAACUUCCUAUCCUUGUAUAUUCAGCCGUGACUGGUUAGAGGAGAUCAACCAGGGCCGCCAUGGAACGCCUCUCAGCCAAUGCCUGCUCGCAACCGAGCAGGGCGUGGUGAGGUUACCAUGGGAACGGGUGGCCCUGCCUGAUUUUGUGGAUGUGCCACUGUGUGCUGGGAGUAGUAUGGCCUCUGCUCCUCCUUCAAAUCCUCCUUUACCACCUCCGCUUCCUCGUCCUCCACCUCUUCCUCAUUUUCCUGAGAAUUCUGCAUCAAAUCGUUCUUUUCCUCUUUCUCCUUCAAAGGAAUCUGCACCAAAACAGUAUCCUGUAACCAUUCAAAAUUCUAUUUUAACAUCUGCUUCACAACGCUCUGCCUUCACUGUGGAGACCAGAAUAUGUCCGGCAAGGCACGGCAUUGCUGUGUCACUCUGCCUGGUGGAUACUAGCGCUGCUUCUUCAUCUAGGCUGGUCAAAGUGAAAGAGACUGAAACUGAGCUUAAGCCUAUUGGCUGGGUGUCCCCUAAUACUUGGGACAGCUCCUUUACUGGGACAGAUCCAAAUACAGCUACAGAAACUCGCACUGUUUCAGGUACAUGCACUCCAGCAAGGGGAGAUAUAACUACGUGCAAAGGUGAAGAUAAGGGUGUAACUGUGUCUGAAAAUGUAGGGCCACAUAAACAUAAAGAUCCAAACAACAAAGAUAUAUGCAGGAGAGGACCAGCAGGCCACACUGUUGCAGAAGAGGAAUAUAUUGAUAUUCUUCAGGCAACUAUGCUUUUUAGUAGAGCUCAGUCAGCAACUGAAGAACAACAGAAAUUAGAAAUGCAAAUGCAAUCGCACACACAAAUCGAACCACAAAUGCAAAGACAUCCACAAAGACGAGCACAAAUGCAACCACGUGCAGAAAUGGAGUCAUUUGGGCAAGCACAGAGACAGCCAAACACACAGAUACCACCUCAAGCACAGUCACAAGCACAUGUGCAGUCAACUACAAAACCACAACCACAAAGAUCAGAUGCUGCUGUAUCAUUAAGGCCCAACAUGUCUGCAGAAACAGCUCUCCGCCAUUCCCAAUCCUAUCACCCUCACCCUGACUCCCUUGAACCUUCUCAGUGUGUCCGCACUGUCCAGUUCUCAGAGAAACCCUGUACCCCAUGCAUGAGGAGAAGACAAGGCGGAAAGGCUUCCAGAGCUCAGGAGCUUAGGUGUCGAUACAGGGACUCCUACCAGGCUGCUAUACAAAACCCUGUCACAUUUGGAAAGGAGAAGGAGAGUGGGAAUAUGUUAGCUGUGGUGGAGGAGGAUGGUGAUUUCUCACAGUGCGAUGACAGAUUACCAGGGGAUGAAACAGGGGAUCCAUGGUGUAAGGUUCAAGGAAUGUGGUUUGAUUCAGGGAUGCAACACCAGUCUCCUUCCUCUGUCAGUGGAGCCAUCUGUAAGGAGUCAGGAGAAAGGAACACUGUUCCAUAUUGGAAAAAAGGAGAUACAAACACUGCCCCCUGUAUGGAUUACAGGGGAAACAAUGUUUUAAAAAGUGGUGCGCUACCAGAACAAACAGCUGAAAGGAAUUCUUUGCCAUUUAGGGAACCAAGGGAUGCACACCCUGCCAAAACUUGUGGCAAUUUACACAAUGUGAACGGGACAAAUAUAGCAGCAGGAACAAGGAUAAACAAUAAUAGAGCUUUGUCAAGUUCAAAUGAUCAGUCAGAUGUCAUCUCUGCCAAACACCGUGGAUUACAGUUUCCUUCCACUGAAAUUUCAUCGAUGACCCUCAAGCCUCGUGAACGGCAACAAAGCAGAACUAAUUCCACAGGAGCGAGUCCAAACUUUCCUAAGUCUCUUUCAGCGCCACAGAACAGACAGGAGUCCAUGUCAGAUGGAAGAUGUUCAUCCCUCUCCACAGCUGUGGUGGACACCUCAGAGAAGUGUGCGCUGGUCAUUGUUGAAGGUCAAAAUGUCAGGAGAAGAGAAAAUACUGGCUCCUGUGCAGAGAUUCCCCAGCUGCAUGUGGUCAAAUGUAAAAACAGCACAGCCUUUGGACUGGUUUCACCCAAGAUCAACAGGAGGAAGAUGGUCAUUCCAGAUGCUGCUCAGCCCGGCACUACGUUCAUAACCAGUAAAAAUGGCCAUCAGACGAAGACCCCGUUACAGACAGAUCCACCUCCAACAACAGAGACAGAGAAGAUCUCCCAGCCUGCCUCUACUCGUCCAAGACCUGACCACCUUCCCCUGGGAUCCCCAGACCCCAGAGCCCACCCCCUCUACUUAGGAGUAGCAUCUCGCACAGGUGGCAGAGACAGGACAGGCAGGGCAAUAGUUGAGCUCUAUGGACACCACCAGGGAUGGAGAUCAGCUGUAACAAGCCAGGAGCUUUUCCAGAUGCUGCUCUACUUCCGUACUAUCACCAGGAGAGAAAUCAGAGAAGCUGGGAUGACACUCAUUUUUGAUUCGAGGAAGACAAAUCCUCAACCGCAGCUCUAUAAGGCCUUGAUGACGCUUCAAGAGCAGACUCCCCAGGCAGUAAACAGUUUUGUGCUGCUGGUGGACAAGGAGAGCAGCCUUCGGCCAGAGAGGUGUCCCGGAAUCCAGACUGAAGUGGUGACAUCGAUGAAAGCCUUGUUCAAGCUGGCGGAGGUGAGUCAGCUGAGCGCCCGCCUGGAUGGCACGCUAUCUCACAGCCACUGUGACUGGAUAGAGCUGCACCAGAAACUCUUCCCAUUUGUGUCUGAUCUUCACGAGGCAUCCAGCCUUCUUCUGAGAGCCAUUAGUGAGUUAGAAGAGCCCCAGAGGACAGACACUGUACAGACUGUGCAGCAGUGCAUGAUGGACCAGAGGACUCUGAUGAGGAAUGUACUGGAGGACAGCCGAUUGGUCAGCCUGCAGAGAGAGGGCGGGGCCAUCUUGGCGAGGCUGAGGAAGGAGAGUGACCUCAGAUACCCCCACUGCGAGGACCUCAGUGACGCAGUAGACUCGGUGAGCAGCCUGUACAACCACGUGGAGGAGCAGGCUCACAUCCUCGUGCAGAGGUCCAACAUGUCACUGGAACACCUGGAGUAUCUGCUGCAGCUCAGAGAGGUGGAGGGACACUUCAUGCAGAUGCUACAAUGGUUUAAUGUAGAGGGAGAGCGCCACCUGCUGGAGGCUGAAUCAGUCGAGGACUCUGGGGACCGAAUGGAGCAGAUCCUCAACAACUUCACUCGUUUCCUUAUUGAAGCUAAUGACCGAAGGCACCACGCCAUGACGUUAGUGUCAGAGGCAGAGCGACUCCAGCAGAUUGGGCUUUCCUACCCAGAGACGGAGGCGUUUGGGACUCUAAUCUGCACCUUCAAAUCAGGCCUGGAGGACUUUCUGUGCAGGGCAGAGGCAUGCGGCAGGGAGCUGCAGAUCAUGGUCAACGUGUGUGAUUUUUGUGAGCAGGCUACAGCUCUGGCCAGCGAAUGCAUUGAGUACCUGGACCAGACUCAACUCAGAAUCCACACAAUGCGAGACCAUGACCAGACUACAACACCUGUCAAUCACACAAACACUCAGCCAAUGCAACACCAAAACCAAGACUCUGGGCCGAGCGCUGCAUCCCUUUACCCGUUUGAUGUCCACGCACCACAUGCUCCAAAUGUUUUACUGUCAAGCAAUGACACCUCCAUCCUCCAGAAUUUCCAAGACAGGUUCCUCCAGUUCACCCCAGAGAGAUUUCAGGAGGUUCAGACAACGUCCCCCGGUGGCCAGAGUCUGGUGGUACAAUCAACGCCCGGGCCUCUGCACCCACAGUGGGAGGGCAUUGUGUCGAGAACGGUGGAUUUAGGGAAGAGAAGGCCGAUCCUGGGCAGCAACGACACUAACUCAACAACUGUAGCCUGCUGUAACAUCAAACCUGAGGAUCACAGUGAUGCUGAAACCAGCCAGGGGUCAAAGGUCACGCCACAGUCACCUCACAGGUCAGCAAGAAGAACAGAAAGAGAGACGAGGAGAAGACAGACAAGCAGAGCAAGGAGUGAGAGAGAUGCCGCUGCUCUGUCUCAGUCCCACACUGUCGGCUGCCAGUGGUUUUCAUGGGGACGAGGUCUUGGAGUGAGGUCGGUGAGUCAGGACUCGUGCACCACUGGAGUAGCGACGGCAGGGUCAUUCACUCCUCCAGAGCAGCAAGUUCGACCCCCGUCAUCCUGCUCCCACCAUGGUCAGCCGUCUUGUCGGAUCCUCCAGGAGGCUCAGAAGUUCCAGAUCUCCCGCCACGGGAGCUUCUGCUCAGAAGACUCCUGUAUGAGCGACCGGGGGGCUGUAGGGGGUAACGGGACUUUAUGCUGCAAACACUCGAGUCUCCCCAUCGGGAGAUAUGAGGGGGCCUUUUGUUUGGCAGGUCCACAGGAGAGUGCCAGCAAUGCCCUGAGGCUGCAUCGUGUCCUGGAGGAGCUGGUGUUGACAGAGAGAGAGUAUGUCCGCUCACUGGGCUACAUCCUGACCCACUACCUCCCCCUGCUGGACAGACCGGACAUCCCCCAGGACCUCAGGGGCAAGCGAGGUGUCAUCUUCGGCAACCUGGAGAAGCUUUACGACUUCCACAGCCACUACUUCCUGCCCGAGCUGGAGGCCUGCCAGAGGGAGCCCGCCAUGGUGGCGCGCUGCUUUCUCAGACAUAGUGAUAGUUUUGGCCUGUACGCUCUGUACAGCAAGAACAAACCCCUGUCAGACGCCCUGAUCCUGCACCGUCGCCAUGACAUCUUCAAGAAGAAGCAGCAGGAGCUGGGGGACAUGAUGGACCUUUCAUCCUACCUGCUGAGGCCUAUCCAGAGGAUCAGCAAGUACAGCCUCCUUCUGCAGGACAUGCUGGCUCUGGCUGGGUCAUACACGCCAAAAGACAUGAUCCAGGAAACACUGCUCGCAUCUAGUGUGUGCGCGCAAAGUGUGUGUGGCCCGAGUUCGUUUGUGCCUGAUCUGACGAGCAGUGAGAGGGAGCGGGAAAGGACUGAGAUCCGAGCUGCUGCAGACCUGGUUCGGUUUCAGAUGCGCCACGGCAACGAUUUGCUCACCAUGGACGCCAUCCAGGAGUGUGAUGUAAAUUUAAAAGAGCAGGGCCAGCUCAUUCGCCAGGACGAGUUCACAGUUUUCUUUAGGAAGAAGAAAUGUGUUCGUCGCAUCUUUCUCUUUGAAGAUCUCAUCCUCUUCAGCAAGACCAAGAGGACAGAUAUUGGCAACGAUGUUUAUGUCUACAAGCAAUCAUUCAAGACAAGCGACAUUGGGAUGACCCACAACUCAAGUGUGAGCAGCUUGUGUUUUGAGAUCUGGUUCCGAAGGAGAAAAAGAGAGGACACCUACACCCUGAAGGCCUCCAGCAUGGAGCUGAAGAAAGCCUGGACCACUGACCUGGAGAAGAUUCUGUGGGAUCAGGCCGCUCACAGUCGAGAGCUGCGUAUGCAGGAGAGGGUGUUCAUGGGAAUGGGCCGCAAACCUUUUAUGGACAUUCAACCCAGUGAUGCUGCCAUCUGUGACCGAGCCGUGAACUGCGCUGUGCCAGGGAGAAUUCCUGUGGCCUGUUGUUCACACAGGAGCUUAGACUAUCCACGACCACACUCCAUUGGCUCUGGCAGCACCGCCUCCACCACCCUCAGCCAAUCAUCUUCCUCCUCUGGCCGGGGCUCGCUGCCCCCUGCUGGUUAUCCCGGGAACCUGUCACAGGGGGUGGAGAACAGUCCUGCUGUCUGCUCCUCCCCUGAGGCUGUGACUGAAAAUGAACUUAACAAUCAGCAUCUUCAUCGUAACUGUGAACAAUGGAAAAGUCAUCAUCCACUGAUGGACAGCACUGAAUCAUCUGGAGAAUGCAUCAACCUCUAUAGCAGCUCAGACCGCAACUGCCUGUCUGCCAUUGGUGGAGAUGUAGUGGACGACUCCUCCUUGAAUGUAUCCCAGAGUUCAAAACCUCGCCCACCACUUUGUCAUACCCCCAGUCUGAGGAGAGAUGGCUCACCAGCAAUUAGCAGAAAGAAACCAAGUGUUGCCCCCAAACCUCCACAUCUGGCUAAUGCUCAGGGUGAUGACAUUAUAAUCGGAAAAUCAACAGAAGUUUAAUCCUGGAUUCCCUGCAGGAGAUCAUCGGCCCACUGAAGCUGUUCAGUCAUGUUGGAGAUCUUCUGGCCGACCUGCAGACGGACAGUUUAUCUGAGUGAACAUAGUUUUUACGUGGCUACACAGUCACAUGGCAGUCAGCUAUGUCUGGUCACAAGGUUUUGUUUUUAAUGAUUUAUUGAAGCAAUUGAGGUUUGGUGUGUUGGUAUCAUGUGUCAGUCAUUCAAAUAUGGUUGUCUUACAGUAUAUCACAUGUAAAUGACCAUGCAAGAAAGAAGAAGAGGCUGCUACAUGGAGAUGUACACUCUCACACACACACACACACACACACACACACACACACACACACACACACACACACACACACACACACACACACUAUUUUGUGGGAUCUUCUGUGCUGUACAGACUUAACAGUUACUAAUAUGCAGGGGAUCAAAAAGGUUGUAUUUAUAUCUUCAUGGAAAUCAACAGCUUGUGUGGAACAAAAACACAGGACCACACAUGUGGGAGACAACUUCAACUGUAUCGCUCAGUUUCAUGCUCCUUUUUAUUUUUUUUUAGAAGACAUGAGCAUUGUUUGAGAAACAAUUGUACAUCAUUAUUCUCAUGACAUCUGGACUACAUUGUUUUGGUUACAAGAUGGCAAGGGAAACUUAAUGGAGUCCAAGAUAUAGUCCAAGUAUGCAAGCUAUCCACUGGCCAUAAGCCCAGAGCUAGCUGAAGAUUCAAACUUAAAGAUGAUGACCAUAAAUGGAGACGUAUGUGGAUAUGUGUGCAGAUAUGGAGAAGUAAAAUUAUGUAUUAAUUAAUAUAGAAGUAAUUAAUAUACAGUAUAAGGGUAUAUCUAUUUAUUUCUAUUUGUAUCUGUCUGGCUCUGAGAUUCUUACAGUAGCCCUGUAUUUAUUAAUUUAUCAGAAAGGACAGACCACUUAUGUGAUUCACAUCUGGAUUUGAAUUACUCUGUAACCCAUGCAUUCAAUCAUGCAGAGAGUAAGAACAUGAAAGACUGGGUUUCAAAUUGUAAUCACACAACUACUGCAUACUAACAGAUAUAGUGUAUGACUACAAGCUUCCAGGCGAAAACCACUUACUGUUAUUAAGGGUCCACUAAUGGUUCCAUACUGAUCAAUGUUCCAGCUACACUCGUGAAAAUGACCAUUCGAAAUGUAUUUUUCAGAUUGUUUUCUUAGUUGUUGAUGGAAGGUGCCAUUUUGUUAUAAGUUCUGUGAUUUUUCUUUAUUGUCUAUGCAAAAUGUACAGUAUACAAAUCAUGACAGGAUUUUGAAAAACUGAGGUCAUAAUGUUGACCUCUGUUUAUUUAAAAGCCACUAACUUUUUAUGACAUGGCAGAUCCCUGUUUUUUUAUUGCUUACUUGUUUUUCUCUAGGCUUUUUCUUUUGUUAAGUUAAUGUGUUCAUUCAUUUGAUUAUUUAAAUGUGGGGUCAGUACGGUUGUCUUUCCUCUUCUGUUCUUUUUUUUAAGAUACAUUAUAAGACUCGUUUUGUGUGGUUUCUUCCCUCUGAACUCUGACCAGACAGACGGUUAGAACAUGAGAAUACGGCAUGUGAUGAUGCUUCGCUUCCCUAUUCCGCAAACACAAUGAUUUCUCAGAAGGACAUCUAGACACUUAUUGCAAAAGGUUUUAAUUUCCCUGUGUGCAGGUUUUAGUUUGGUACUGAACACCCCUGCAGUUGAAAUCUGGUUUUGAGUUCUUUAUUUUGUGUUUCACUUUCAUGACCUAUAUACUGUACAACGUCCUCCAGUACAUUUUGUAAGACAGGAUGCCUUGCACAGCCUACAGAGAGAGAGAGAGAGAGAGAGAGAGAGAGAGAGAAUCUUAUAACUCACCUCACUACCCCUUUUACACCAACGACUCAAUCAGGGUUAUACCCAGGUCAACUGUGCAUUUGAAUGUGGUAACCCUCCUCAAUCUACUGCUCGGCUUUGCAAGAAAGAAGAAGGUGGUUACUUAAGUUUCAGACAAUGUAAUGUGUGUAUCAUGACCGUUUACACUUUUGUCACAAUACCCACAUUGCACCGUCGGCUCGCUUAUGUUUUAUUGGCUCGAUUACGGAUAUCCAUAUUCAUGGAUAUUCAUGUUAUUUUUAUUUUCAAUUGAAUCUGAACCCUAUGGCCUAGUUGGGGAUAUUGUCUGCAGAGCUUUUUUUUGUGAAUGCUCUGUUCCACUCUGUUACAAAGCUAAAUGUACACCAUAUUUGAAUUUCCCUCAACACUUUAAAUGUAAAAGUGAAAGUCUUUUAAUGUGACCUGAGAAAAAAAAUGAAAAACUGCUAAAUUGGAUAAGAAUGUUUAACUGUAUUAUGUAGAAUUUCCUAUUUUACAUUAUAAAAUUGAAUAGAGCUGUUUUUGAGUCAUUAUAAAUUAUAACAUUGUGUUUAUGUUGAGUCAUUAUACUAAUGUACAGUAUGUUGCAGCUACAGAA